UAAGAAUCCAAAAUAACAGCCUUGUUCUAGUUCGGACUAGUCUACGGGUGUGGCGCUUAUCAAGAGUGAAAGAGGGUAGAAAUGUGAAAUUCCAAACUCGCAAGGCACUAUUCUACUUAGCUUCAACCAACAUGCCCCGCCGGGUGAUUGCGUCGGGACGGUCCUGUCUUGAGUGCCGCCGGCGCAAGAUCAAAUGCGACCGAUCCUUGCCCUGUGCAUACUGUGUCCGGACGCAUAUACAGUGCGCAUACCCUCAACCUAAAACAGGUGUAAAUGCCGACCAUUCCGUGGACAGUGACCUUGUGGCCCGGGUGGAAAGCAUUGAAUCCAAGUUCCAGUCCCUGGAAAGGAGUCUAGCGCAUAUCACACAGCUCCUGCAUAUGAAUCCUUCAUUGUCCAGUCAGGAACAAGAUCAGUUGAGGCCUGUAAGCUUGUCUUUCGUCCUUCAAAGUGAACUGCAGACAGACCAUAACCGGUAAGCUAGUUACUAAGACAGGAGUAGGAAAUCGGACAAGAUCGGGGUAGCUCCGGCUGGUCUGGUGCUUCUCAUUCUACUUCACCCAACGAUGGGCAACUUUGGCAGUCUUUCCCUUUGAGGCCGGACC